AUGUACGAGGUAUUCGCCGCCCUCCGCAGCAGUUCUGUCGGCCCGCUGUUCCUGAGUCACCCUGAGGUGUCCCUGUCCAACCGAUCCUGUGUUAUCUGCAUCCCUGACUUUCACCAGGACGAGAUGAUCGACGGCUAUCGCCUUCGCGCCGCCUACAACGCCGGCACUGUUGGACGCAGCUACUUCGCAACUCGCGACGUUGCGGUGCUAUUGCGCAGUUCUACGCGAACUCGCGGCGCGAGUGGCUCUUUUCUCGACGAUGCUGCCAAGGAUCCGAUAUUUCGCAUCCUCAAGGUGAUCAGCUUUGUGCUCCGCCGCCCGCUCACGGAGGAGAUCACCGCAGAGCAGCGAGUCCUCGUGAAUAUCUUGCAUCAAAACGUGCUACGCAUAAGCGACGUCCUCAAUGAUGAGGCGAAGGAAAACAUGAUUGUCAUUACCCAUUACCACCCGAAGGGCAACAUCGGUAGCUACGCAGGACGGCUCUCGCACGACCCCGAAAAGCUGCGCCGCAUCCUCACGGAGGUGGUGAUGGGCCUUCGCGUUCUGCACUCACAUGGAGUCUAUCACCAUAAUUUGAAGCUCGAUAACGUUCUCGAGGACGCGGAGGGGCACUUUUGCAUCGCCGACGCCGGCCUCUGGCGUCUCUUCGCGGUGCAGUGUCCAGAGGAUCUGGUCUUCAACGGCGAGUUGGCCUGUCUCCCGCCUGAGGUGUUUGACCCGGAGGGCUCGUACGCAGCAGGGGAGAUCGAUGUCGUUUCUGACAAAGGCGCCGCCGGGGUGGCCGCAGUGGAUAUGUGGGGUUUUGGCGUGCUCAUAUAUCGCCUCGCCUAUGGCUGCGAUCCGAUUGAGAUUGCCGAGUGCUCCUACGCACAGGUGCGUGAGCGACUCCUAGGCUUUGAGCUUUGUUUCCCACCACACCCGCAUUGGAGCUUCGCGAGCGACAUUGAGGACGUUAUUCGAUGGUGCAUGCGUAAAGAGCCCUCAGAGCGACCGAGUGUGCUGCAGCUGCUGCAACAUACCUUCUUCAAACAAUGCUUGAUGGCCGGGACCUCGUCAUCGAUGCGUAACAUGUCCAUGACGAGCAGCCUCGCUUUCGGUGGCCAGAUGAUGACAAGCAGCUUCGGCGACCGGACAAUGAGCACACCGGCGCUUAAGGGGGCCUCGAUGAGUAACUUGGCCGUGCCUACGUACCGCUCGCAGCAGCGGAACGGUUUCCAGGUGGACGCCUUUCUUGGUGAAGGCCGCUUCUCGGAGACAAUGCUCGUUCAUCUGCGCCGCAAUCCCUCCAACCAGUUUGCCUUUAAGAUUAUUUAUCAAUCGCUCUUGAAGCGACUGCGAGCGCCUGGGCGGGAGAAAUGGGCGCGAGAAGUACGCCGCCAACUUGUUUUCUCCCGAAAGGUUGACCACCCCAACGUUAUGCGCUUCAUCGAUAUUGUGGAGGAUACGAAGGUGAACUGCUUUGUGGUGCAGGACUACAUGCCAAGUGGCGCCAUUCAAGUCGUGCCGCCGGUGAAGAGCGACGACUCGUUCCCAGCGCUGCAGGAGUUCUUGGUGGACGUACUGAGUGGGCUGGUGCACCUGCACGACAACGGCGUAGCGCAUCUCUCUCUGACUCCAACGAACAUCUUCUUUAACGAGGACACCUCUCACUACCGCAUUGCUGAUUUUGGCCCCCUCUUUGUGACGGCGGACGCGUUGGCGGAGUCCAUCGCGGCAGGCACGCCGCUCUACACGCUGCCCUCAUGGGUACAGAAGCAGAGGCCCUUGCACGCCCCCAGCGUGGACGUGUUCUGCGUCGGUCUCCUUGCCGCCGCGGUCUUACCAGAGCUCUUUACUACGGUUUGGGCUGAACUACGCAACUGCGAGAAGCAUAGCACAUUUGCCGUCGACGCGGUGCUGUCAGUUGUCCGCAAAUCCACAGCGCCACUGACGCCAGCGUUGAUCUCCUUCAUCGAGGACGCGCUAGAGGGGAGGCUCGCAGACGCACGAGUGGCACUAAAACACAGAUACUUUCAAAACCUGAGGUUCGUGGAACACUUGCCUAAGACGAUUGUCGAGGUCACGGAGGCGGAGCUGCAGGGCGCCGUGCACUCCAAACCGGAGACGCGCGACGAAGCCCGCAUGCUAGAUAUCCUCGCACAGGACCCGUUUCAGGAGAGCCAGAUGCUCAGCUCUGUCGGUGACGCCACUUUGCAUGGCUGCGAGUCAUGCACCGACACGUCUACUAGCGCUGCCGCCACGGGUGAGAAGUCCGCAGUACUCUUCUUCAAGGGCGAGAACCUGCGCUGCGGUCAAUGCAGCGCCGAACUGGCAGUGGCCCUCUAUCAGUGCUUGGACUGUGAAGGCUACAUCCGCUGCGGCAAGUGCGCUCUGGGCAACUACCACAAGGAGGGCCACGAGCUGGUGCCGUUUCUAAUUCACACCGUUGAACAUAGCAAAGAGGGUAUUAACAAAGCUGUGCUGGUGCAGCCGUCGACGGUGCCGGAUUUGCAUGCGCUUGAGAUGCUGGAGAUGACCGCGAACUUUCCGGUGGGCUCCCUCACGGAGCACCUUGCGGCACAGCGCGCGGCGGAGCGGUCGAUUGUGACGCGGUGCGCUGGUGGCGGUAGCAUCACCAAAGGCAUGUUUGGCGACCUUGAGGGCGUCAUCCGCCUUCCGGACGAUGUGAACGAGCAAAGCAUAUCGGUCAACAUCAACGGCUGCAGCUUUAUCAGUUUUCGUGGGGUAGGCGGGAUAUCCGGUGGCGGACUAAACCUUGGUUGCGGCGCCAACAACAACAAUGCGGGGCUUAAUACGGCGGGCAUCUCGUUUACCCGCGCCGAUUUCAUGUCGCCAAAGGACAUUGGCUCGCUUUGCUUGCCACCACCGCCGAGGUUGUCACUCAUGAAGGCCAAAGAAGUGAAGAGGGUAGCGCUCCCCAAGGCGAAGGAAAUGGAAGACGACGACUGGCAGCAGGAGCUGGAGCGCUGCCGCACCAGCAAUCAUACUGAGCUGCUGCUCUACAACUACGGGCUGGACGCGGUGCCGUCGGAGGUGUACAACCCACCGCUACUACAGGUAGUCGUCUUGGAUGUUUCACAGAACAACCUUACGUCCCUGCCACAGGAGCUGAGCUUCUUGGCUCACUUGCGCAAGCUUGUUGUGUCGUACAACAAGCUCACCGAGCUUCCGGAUAGUCUUGGCAACCUUAGCGAGCUUGAAAGUCUUGAUGCAAGCCACAAUGCCCUCAUCGACCUACCGCAGACGUUUAUCUAUCUCAGUUCCCUUGCCUCGGUCGCGCUAGACUACAAUAAUUUUGCUAGCAUUCCUGAAAGCUUGCUGGAGAUCCUCGUGGUCCCGCUGUGUGCCAGUGCGUCUAACGUGGAGAACUGCGCCAUCCCCACCUCGCAGCUGGGCGGUGCCCGUCUCGCAAGCUCUAUAGGUAACCUGGUCGGCCCCUUCAUGGGCAGCGCCAGCGGGAGUGUCUCCAAGACGGUGAUCGUGUCGCCCAAGCUGAAGGUAAUCUACCUCGCCUCCAACGACCGCUUGACAGCGCUUCCCCCGCCACACCGACUGCAGUGCUUCGAUGACCUCACGAUUGCUCUCGACAACGAGCCUUCGCUCUACAAGCACUACUAUGAGAAGAAACUCGACACCAUACUGCCCAACAUUACGGUGAACUGGAAUAAGCUCUAUCCGGAUGAAAUUAUACCAUGUCUCUACUGCGGCAGUCUCCGCUCCGCGCAGUCACAGAUGGUGUACCGGAAGCUGAACAUUCGGUAUUUGCUCACCGUAGGCCGGCAGCUAGUGCCGGUGCCACCGGAGGGCGGCCACCACAAAGUAAUUGUGGUGGACGACAUUCCUGGUGCUGACAUUCGCAUGUCUUUUCAAGAGGCUGUCAACUUCAUCGAGGAGAGCCAGUCCCAUAAGGAGGGGUGCCUGGUGCACUGCUUUGCAGGUCUGUCACGCUCCGCCACGACAGUGAUUGCAUACUUGAUGAUGAAGAAAGGCAUGCGACUAGACGAGGCCUACCUUGUAACCAAGAAGGGUCGCCCUGCUAUCCUCCCGAACAAGGGCUUUUUCGAUCAGCUGAUGGAGCUAGAUAACGAGUUAUACCCCGAGCCAAAGCGCCCCCUCGACAUUGCGUCCCUCGGGCGGUCAGCAAGCUGA